GGUAGGAGGUGGAAUGUUGAGACAAACCAAAUUGAAAAUGUUCCAUUCAAGGCAGACAGACUGUUUGUGGGCACCCUGUGCUUCACAGUGCUGCUGUUCCUGUUGCCAACAACUACUAUGUACUAUGUUGUGUUUACUGCGCUGCGGCUCAUUGUAUUGUUUGUUAAAGGCAUCAUUGCUAAAGCUAUUGAUACAAUGAGCAGUCUUCCAGUGUUUGCACUGACUAUUGCUUGUGUGAGACCUGACUUAAUACCAGGUACGUGUGGCAUUAACUGUAAAUUAUUUUCCAAAAGAAAUUGUCCUAGCUUGUGUAGCAGGCGGUUUUUUAGUGUGUUUUUGAUUUGUGGUUGGUAAAGUAAGAGACAAAGCUAUGGGAAAGCUAUACAGAAGUUAAACAAGAAAAUGAUGGGGAAGGGGUCAAGUGAAAAGGGCAGAGAGAAUGUUGUUUCUCUCAGCUGUCACUCCCUUCCCCCAUUGUUUUCUCAUUUGAGUGAAAAACACACUCAAAAAAACUGCAUACCAUGCAGACUAAAGCUGCCCAAGACCUCUUCCAGAAAUACCAGUUUUUAUUUGUUUAUUUUUAUUUUUAUAUGUCUGCUUUUCUGCAAAUGACCCUUAUGCAUGAUUACAUCAGACAGGCAAAUUUCACCACCAAGCUCGUUGUUUUUUAGCAAAAUUCUUUGCACCUGCACUCUUUGUGCAUGGGUGUUCUUUUCAAAUGUACUGCCUUGGAAAUUCAUCGACAUGUAGAACAUGCAUUCAUAUAUUUUGAAAACGAUACUUGGUGGUUAAAUUUACUCGUUUGAUGUAAACAUGCAUAAGGGCUAUUGUCUUGUAGUUUGCACCCCAGCUUUGCCACCCACUGGAAUUUUGAACAUAAUGGACUCAAUCAAUCAUCUCACUUCUUUCCAGGGGGUAUAAAUUUUGAAUUGCUGGAGUCACCAGAUUCCUCUGAUACAGGACUCAUCAUUCUUCAUGACAGCUUUAUCAGAAACUUAAGUGGACCCAUACCAUCUGUGUGCCUUCUACUUCGUAACCAACCCCUCCCAAUUACACAGCUCUUAUGCCGCCCACUAUUAGAGAAGUUCCCUGGUUAUGAUGACCACAAACAGGAUUGGUCCAAACUGCUGGGAAAAUUAGCAAAAGGAGAAUUGAUAUACCCCUGGGUAAAGCCCAGGCAUUCCAAGUAA